AUGAAAUGCUCAGCAGAGAGCAAGGGUACCUCCCCAGUUGCCUUGAGACAGUUUAUGCCCCACGAGUAUCGGGGACGCCUGAACCGUGUGGUGCGAGGAUUGCGACUCAGGCUAACUAAUGGUCCCCUAAGACCUGCGAGGAAUGCGGCUCGGAUGGACUUGGUGUCUCCGGGACCUGCGAGGAUUGCGGCUCAGAUUGAAGUUUUAUCUCUAAGACCUGCGAGGAAUGCGGCUCGGUUAACUUUGUGUUUCCGAGACCUGUGA